GGCAAGCACUGUGCUCGGGCAGCGCCCGUAACCCUCCAUGGGAUGAUGCGGCUGGGAAGCCCCCGGGAUACCGCUCCCACUGGCCAAGGCAUGAGAUUCUUCCCCGGGAGAGAUGGCUAGCGGCGGCGGCUCCGGCUCAGCCCGGUCUUCUCUAGCUUCCGGAGCAGCAGCCCAGCCUCGCAAGAAGCUGCUGACCAUCUGCGAGCAGUGCAAGAACAAGAUGCAGCUGGUGGCCGACCUGCUCCUUCUGUCCAGCGAGCCGCGGCCUGUCAGCCCGGAGAGUUCGCUCCAGCUCGGAGAGGCCUUUGAGAAGUGCCGGGACACGGUGAUCGCUCGCACCAAGGGCCUGUCCAUCCUCACUCACGAUGUGCAGAGCCAGCUCAACAUGGGCCGCUUCGCUGAGGUGGGCGACACGGUGCAGGAGAUGGGCGAUCUGGUGGUGUCCCUGAUCGAGCUGUCGGCUCACGCCGCGUACCUGGCCGCCGUGGAGGUGCCUGGCUCUCAGGCCGCUCAGCCCGGGCUUGUGGACCGCUACAAAGUGACCCGAUGCCGGCACGAAGUGGAGCAGAGCUGUGCCACCCUGCGAAGUGUGCCCCUGGCGGAACUGACCCCGCAGCUGCUGCUGGAAGUCUCCCAGAACCUCUCCAGGAACCUCAAGAUUCUGACGGAUGCCAGCGUCGCGGCCAGCGACAAGUCCCGGGACAAGUUUGCCAGGGAGCAGUUCAAGCUGGGGGUGAAGUGUAUGAGCACCAGUGCCACCGCGCUGCUGGCCUGCGUCAGGGAAGUCAAGACCUCCCCCAGCGACCUGUCGCGCAACCGAUGUGCGCUCUUCAGCGGGCCCCUGGUGCAGGCCGUGCAUGCCUUGGUGGGCUUUGCCACUGAGCCCCAGUUCCUGGGGAAAGCUGCCAUUCUCAACCCAGAGGGCAAAGCUGUGCAGACUGCCAUCCUAGGAGGUGCCAUGAGUGUGGUGUCUGCCUGUGUGCUCCUGACCCAAUGCCUCAGGGAUAUAACCCAGCACUCUGAUAGCAGCAGCAAGAUGACUGACUACAAGGACAGGCUAAGGAGCUCCGCCUGUGCCGUCUCUGAUGGCUGCAAUCUGCUGUCUCAGGCGCUGAGGGAGAGGUCAUCGCCCAGGACUCUGCCCCCAGUCAAUGCCAAUUCUGUGAAAUCUCUCUAGACUAGGGGUGCCUCUUGCCCAAACUUUACCAAAGAAUAAGGGGGUGUAGUAAAGAGCAGUGGCGCUUACAAAGGGCAGUGCUAACAAAAA